AGUAAAAUUUGCAGACAAAGGGACAGGUUCAAUCCAAAACCAAGCGCGGUUCACAUCCUAUCUGUGUGUGAACCGGAGUGGCAAGAAUUUUGCGUGAUUUCUCCCAUUUUCUCGUCCACCGCAACCGCAACUGCAAUUCCAUCGACUCGGUUCAAUGAGUAGCAGUGACAAUAGCGUCAGCAAAAGGGGAAAAGGGAGCCGGGGCUGGAGUUGGAGCUCCGCCCUGGUUGGCGCCGCCGCCGCCACCGCUACGGCGGCUCUAUUUUCAUCUAAGCCACGGGACCCAACCUUCCACCUCAUCUCCAUCGACCUCACCUCCUUCAACUUCAACUUCCCCGUCCUCGACGCCGACGUCAUCCUCACCGUCCACGUUACCAACCCCAACAUCGCCGCCAUCCAGUACUCCCCGACCGAGAUGUCCAUCUUCUACGCCGGCUCCUUCCUCGGCUCCGCCCGCGUCGAAGCCGGCUCCCAGCCGCCCCGCUCCUGCCAGAUGAUACGCCUCCCGGCUCGUCUUAGUGGGCUGGAGCUGGCCCACCACGCCAAGAGCUUCCUGGCUGACGUGGCCCGCCGGGAGAUGGUUCUGGACGCCGCUGUGGAUAUAGAGGGCGCGGCUAAGCUGCUGUGGUGGGACCACCGCUUCAAGGUCCACGUCGACAGCCACGUGACCGUGGACCCCAUCUUCCUUGACGUCAUUGAUCAGGAAAAUCAGUCGCACAUGGAGCUCCUUCUUGCAUGACCAUCGCUUUCACUUUUCUCUGUACAAUUUGUGUAAGUUUUUGCAGGGUGAAAAGUUAAAAUGUAACAGUCACAUGGUUAACUGUUUAUUGUAAUAAUAUACCAAAGUUUGAUUCUUUUCCCU